AUGAUUUCUAUACUACUUCUAUUAAUUCCUUUUUGUUCUACCCAAAUUAUUCCAGAGCUUUUAGCCGGCAUUCGAGGUGGUAGAUUUGGGGAUGGAGGGCGUGGUGGUCCCCGAGGUUUUCAUAGAGGCCCUGAUGGAUUUAAUGAAGGAUUCGACGGAACUGGAGGUCCUGGAGGUUUUGACGGACCCCGAGGUCGAGGUGGUGGCGGUCUCGGAGGAUUGAUUGGGAACAUCGCAGCAAAUAUUGAACAACAAAUGGGAUUGAAUGAUGCGGAUGUUAUUGGAGAUUUGAGAGGUGCCUCCCGUUCCGAAUGGGGAGCCAAAGCUCGCCACUUCUGUCGUCGCUACCCGGGACAUCCAAAGUGUCAACGAGGUCAACUCCCACAGUUCACAGAUGUCCCAACCAUCAUAGAAACGAUUAUCUAUAACGCUGGAGACCUUCUACCAAGAGUUCCAUUGCUCAACAUCCGCGACCCUCUAGCUGGGCUGAACAGCGAACUCGUCGGAUUCAUCAAGGGACUUCAAUUGCAAUUCGGACAGCUUAGCUCCCAACAAAGGAAUGAUAUUCAGAAUUCUUGUAGAUCUUUCAAGUGCGAUCAACAAUCCACACAAAACACCCAAGCUAAGCAUGAACUCAUGUCGAAGAUGUUGGCAUUCGAUCAAGCAGUUGGUGGAAAAGCUGCUCCAGCUCACGACAAGGUCAAUUUACGAUUUGACAGAACUCAGCAGGUCAAGCAGGCGAUGCUCAAAAGGGCCAAUUUGUCUCAUAUUAUCGUUCCUGCCGACAAUGGAGUAUUCGAUAGAGAUGUGCUGCUAACGGAGCACCAAGCCAACUUCUUGCUCAAUGAGCUUGGAGAAGCCGGACGUGGAGCAGAUGUUCCAGGAGUUCCCGGUGGUCGCUCUCCAAGAUCUGGAGUCUUUUUUCAAGAGAACAUGGUUCAAAAAUGGGACAUCUGGAAGCCGAUUCAGUACACUUUGGAUGACUCGUUAGAAGAAUCGGAUAAGAAGGAUAUUCGAGAUGCCCUCCACGAGAUUUCCAUCAACACCUGCAUUUUGUUUAAGUACAACGCCAAGCCCAAAGGAUAUCAUUUGAAUUAUAUGAAAGUGGAUAGUACAACUUUCUGCGGAUUAUCCUACGUGGGACGAACCGAUCCAGCCAAUCCGAUCUACUUGAGCUUCCAGUGUGGUGAUAAUCGCGGAGUAGCAAUGCACGAAACCAUGCACGCUUUGGGUGUUAGUCACCAGCAUCUUCGGCUUGAUCGAGAUAAAUACAUCAAGAUCGAUUGGUCCAAUAUCGAUCCUCAACACUACGACACCUUUGCGAUAUCCGAUGCGAAACUCUACACAUCCUAUGGUACCAAAUACGCCUACGACUCUAUAAUGCACUACAACGCCUAUCUCGGCGCCAAGGAUCCAUCGAAACCGACAAUGAUCCCACUGGUGAAUCCCGCUGAAAAUACACCAAAACUCGGUCAACGCGCCAAGCUCACCCGAGCCGACAUUCGGUUGUUGAAGAAAAUGUACUGCCGUCCCGGGUGCGACGAUCAGAAUGUGCAUUGCGGGACGUGGGCGUUGCACGGGUACUGUAAGAUGAAGCAACAUAUGAAGUGGAUGAAUGAUAAUUGUAAAGCUAUUGUGACAAGUGUUGAUAAUAAAAUGUAUAUUGGAAUUUUUGAAAAAUAA